AUGGCGACACUCGCCCAGGCUAGCGGACAGAGACGACCGCACCGGGCGAACACUCCGAACGGAAUGGCCGAUGGACGGACGGGCCCGGCGGUUGCGCGCGUCGGGCGGGAUCGACCGGGGACGGUGCGCGGCGCGCAGACGCGCAGGCGUCGCCCCCCACCCCCCUCCCUCUCGCCCCUAGGCCCUCCCGCCCGCCUGCCUCCCCCCGGCGCCCUCCACCCCCGGAGGCGGAGGCUCGCGAGCGCCACACGUGAUCUGCAUUGCGUC